AUGGAGAAGGGGAAGGGGGGAGCAGCAGCAGCAGCAGGAGGAGGAGGAGGGAAGUUGCUGCUCUCCACCAUCCUGGAUGCCAAGGAUGAGUUAGAGGAGAGACUAGAGAGGUGCAUGGGCAUUGUGACGUCGCUGACCAAUGGGGUGUCCGAGAGGGAAGCUAACGAUGCCCUAAAUGCUCACGUGUGCAAAGGAGCCCCUCAGCAUGAGGAGAUCUGUCUUGGCCUCUUCACCCUGGUGCUCACAGAGCCGGCUCAGGCACAGAAGUGUUACCGGGACCUGGCGUUGGUGAGCCGCGACGGCAUGAACAUUGUUCUAAACAAGAUCAACCAGAUUCUCAUGGAAAAGUACUUGAAGGUGCAGGAUGCCUGUCGGACUCAGCUGGUGUGGCUGCUGCGGGAGCUGGUGAAGAGCGGGGUGCUCGGGGCAGAUGGCGUCUGCAUGACCUUCAUGAAGCAGAUUGCAGGUGGGGAUGUGACGGCGAAGAAUAUCUGGCUGGCAGAGAAUGUCCUUGACAUACUGACUGAGCAAAGAGAGUGGGUGCUGAAGAGCAGUAUCCUGAUUGCCAUGGCCGUGUACACCUACCUGCGGCUCAUCGUGGACCAUCACGGCACCUCGCAGCUCCAGGCCCUGCGCCAGAAGGAGGUGGACUUCUGCAUCUCCCUGCUCCGGGAACGGUUCAUGGACUGCUUCAUGAUUGGCCGGGACCUGGUGAGACUCUUGCAGAACGUUGCUAGGAUACCCGAGUUUGAACAGCUCUGGAAAGACAUUAUCCACAAUCCGCAGGCGCUGAGCGCCCAGUUCACAGGUGUCCUGCAGCUCCUUCAGUUGAGGACCUCUCGCAAGUUCCUGGCCUGUCGUCUCACCCCUGACAUGGAAACCAAGCUGCUCUUCAUGACAUCCCGGGUGAGGUUUGGCCAGCAGAAGCGGUACCAGGACUGGUUCCAGCGGCAGUACCUGUCCACCCCAGACAGCCAGUCCCUGCGCUGCGACCUCAUCCGCUACAUCUGUGGGGUGGUCCAUCCGUCCAACGAGGUGCUGAGCUCUGACAUCCUCCCUCGCUGGGCCAUCAUUGGCUGGCUGCUCACCACCUGCACGUCCAACGUUGCUGCUUCUAAUGCCAAGCUUGCCCUGUUCUACGACUGGCUCUUCUUCAGCCCCGAGAAGGACAACAUCAUGAACAUAGAGCCAGCCAUUCUGGUGAUGAAUCACUCCAUGAAGCCCCACCCUGCCAUCACAGCCACGCUGCUGGACUUCAUGUGCCGGAUCAUUCCCAACUUCUACCCGCCGCUGGAGGUUCACGUCCGGCAAGGCGUGUUCAAUUCCCUCACCCACAUCGUGGAGAAGCGAGUCCUGGCACCCCUGGCCCCUCUGUUUGACAACCCCAAGCUGGACAAGGAGCUCCGUGCCAUGCUGAGGGAGAAAUUCCCGGAAUUCUGCAGCUCACCCUCACCGCCCAUCGAAGUCAAAAUUGAGGAGCCGGUUUCCAUGGAAAUGGACAAUCACAUGUCUGACAAGGAUGACAGUUGCUAUGACAACGCAGAGGCUGCCUUUAGUGACGAUGAAGAGGACUUGAAUAGCAAAGGGAAGAAGAGGGAAUUCAGGUUCCAUCCAAUCAAAGAAACCAUCGUUGAGGAGCCCGUUGACAUCACCCCUUUCCUGGACCAGCUGGACGAGUCUUUGAAGGAUAAAGUCCUGUUACUGCAGAAGGGCAGCGAUACGGAAGCCCAGUGUGAGGUCAUGCAGGAAAUUGUGGAUCAAGUCCUGGAGGAGGACUUUGACUCCGAGCAGUUAUCCGUCCUCGCGUCCUGCCUGCAGGAGCUAUUUAAGGCUCACUUCCGCGGGGAGGUCUUGCCAGAAGAAAUCACAGAGGAGUCUCUGGAGGAAUCGGUGGGGAAGCCGCUUUACCUAAUAUUUAGGAACCUCUGCCAGAUGCAGGAAGACAACAGCAGUUUCUCUCUGCUGCUGGAUCUCUUGUCUGAGCUCUAUCAGAAACAGCCCAAGAUUGGCUACCACCUUCUCUACUACCUGAAAGCAAGCAAAGCAGCAGCAGGGAAGAUGAACCUGUACGAGUCGUUUGCCCAGGCCACGCAGCUGGGGGACCUGCACACCUGCCUGAUGAUGGACAUGAAGGCCUGCCAGGAGGACGACGUGCGGCUGCUCUGUUACCUCACCCCCUCCAUCUACACCGAGUUCCCCGACGAGACCCUCCGGAGCGGGGAGCUGCUGAACAUGAUCGUCGCCGUCAUAGACUCGGCCCAGCUGCAGGAGCUGGUGUGUCACGUCAUGAUGGGGAACCUGGUGAUGUUCCGAAAAGAUUCGGUGCUCAACAUCCUGAUUCAGAGCCUGGACUGGGAGACGUUUGAGCAGUACUGCACCUGGCAGCUCUUCCUGGCACACAACAUUCCCCUGGAGACCAUCAUUCCCAUCCUGCAGCAUCUCAAGUACAAAGAGCACCCAGAGGCACUGUCCUGUUUGUUGCUGCAGCUGAGGAGAGAGAAGCCCAGCGAGGAAAUGGUGAAGAUGGUGCUGAGCCGGCCCUGCCAUCCGGACGACCAGUUCACCACCAGCAUCCUGCGGCACUGGUGCAUCAAACACGACGACCUGCUGGCCGAGCACAUCAAGUCCCUGCUGAUCAAGAACAACAGCCUGCCGCGGAAACGCCAGAGCUUGCGCAGCUCAAGUAGCAAACUGGCCCAGCUGACGCUAGAACAGAUCCUGGAGCACCUGGACAACCUCCGGCUCAACCUGACCAACACCAAACAGAACUUUUUCAGCCAAACGCCGAUCCUGCAGGCGCUGCAGCACGUCCAGGCCAGCUGCGACGAAGCCCACAAGAUGAAGUUCAGCGACCUCUUCUCCCUGGCAGAGGAGUAUGAGGACUCCUCCAGCAAGCCCCCGAAGAGCCGCCGGAAGGCCGCGCUGUCCAGCCCCCGCAGCCGGAAGAACGCCGCCCAGCCAGCCAACAACGAGGAGGAGUCUGCCUCCAGCAGUGCCUCGGAGGAAGAGGACACCAAGCCGAAACCCACCAAACGGAAACGGAAAGGCUCGUCCGCCGUGGGCUCAGACAGUGACUGA